AUGGGUCCAAAAUAUCCAACAAAUAGGUACGUGGUUGUCUUGUUGCUGGUCAUGGUGGCUCUUGUGGGUGCAUCAGGGUUACCGUUAGGAAGAUGGAACGUUCACAUUGUUAAUAAGUUAAACAAUGAUGUCUUGGCUGUGCACUGCAAGUCGAAAGACAAUGAUUUGCGCUAUCAACGCUUGGUUCCUGGAGCUGAUUUCCAUUGGAGCUUUCGAGUGAAUGUGUGGGGAACAACCUUAUUUUGGUGCAACUUACAAAAGUCAAGUGCCUAUGCCUCGUUUGAUACAUUUUGGCCUGAGUCGAAGAAUCAGUGGCUUCGUUAUAGGUGCACCGAUAGAACCAAGGGAAAUUGCAUUUGGACGGCCAAAGAUGACGGAAUUUACUUGAAAAACAUUCCUGAUAAUGUUGAAGAGUUGGUUCAUAAGUGGACCAGUUCCUAA